CACUCAAUUCGAAUUUGACAGAUUUUGUUCAUCUGAAUUUUGAGUUAAUCGAUAUACUUUUUGGGUGUUUACCAACACUAGACUAGCUUGACAGGUCCUAUGAGAAUUAGGGAGGUUCAAACAAAAAACAAACUCAUUCAUGCGAGACAAGUGUGCGAUUCGGUCGUAAAAAAAGAAACGCCCUUGACUUUUUGUUUGAAAUAAGCUCGACUAAUUUUAUUUACUGGGAUCCAAAGUACCAACCAAUGGAUGGAAAUCAAAUGGGAGCGGAGGAACCCAAUGCAGGGGACAAUAUGCAACUAGACUUUCUGCAGUAUUUCAAUUCGUUGAGUGGCAUGCCCCAAGUUGUCGAGAACAACAACAAUGACACCGGUGCUGUCACUGCGGAACAACUUCUCAUGGACACGGACAUCAAUAUGCCACUGACGCAUGAGCAACUGAUGGAGAGUCUAAUGGCUUCGUCGUCACCUAAAUUCAGCAAGGACCCGGAGCCAGCGAUUCCACAGAUAACAAUCAGUGUGCCAGAAGGUCAGUUCCUCAAUGGCGAACUGGAUCCGCAGUUAUCAACCGCAGAGAUCACGAUUAGCUUCAAUGAUCUGCCAACCAUGGCAACCACUGCAGCUCCCGAGCCCAUGGAAUCGCUGGACAUUUCAGCGUGCAGCGUGGCAGAGUUGCAACAGGUACGGCAGGCGCUGCUCAAGCAUAACUUUGUGCACAAACUCCACUUGGCAGCGAGCAGUCCACUGGUGACGUUCCUCAACUGGUCAGCGAGUGGCGAACAGUUGCAGGUGGAUUACAUUGGAUUGCAGGAGCAUCUCAGUGGCACCCAGAGCAUGUUUCGCUGCCUCAACGUGCAGCACUUCAUACAACAGCUGCUGGACAUUGGCUUCAAGCGCGUGCAACAGCACUUGCAACACGCUGAGGCGCGUCCCACGUUGUACUAUCUGCAUGAGAACUUCAAUGCCGGACAACCCGAUCAGAUGUUGCUGCUGUCCGCACCCAAGUGGGAGCUGGACUCAACGGACGUAACGUAUUCAGCUUUGCAGUUGGCGCGUGCUCGCUUCCAGACUUUGUUGCUCUAUCACAACGAUGUGCGACUGCUGCACCAACAGGAACCGAGUGCGGAUCAGUUGCUGCCACGUCGCGGACGCAUCUGCAACAGUCGACAGCCGGCGCAGUUGUUGACGCAGGAGUUGGCCCACAAGCUUGUGAAUCCCCGGGAAACAGUGCUACAGGCUGAAGCGGCGCCAGCGCCAGAAUAUGCUGGAUACUAUGGAACGACGGAUCCGGCAUUGAUUGCCGAGUUCUUUGCGGAGUAUCUGCCACGUUUUGGCCCGAGGAAUAGCGGCUACAAGGACAUUGUAGUGGAUGCCAGCAAAGCGAACUCGUUUCAACAGAACCUGCCCAUUGGCAUUGUGUAUUCCGAGGACGAGGAAGAGCUGGAGAGCCAAAAGAGCGAGGAGACAUCGCCUCCGCCAAUUGUGGAGGUUAAGACUGAAGAGGAGCCAGUGGCUGAGGUGGAGACUUCACUUCCCGAAGACUUUGAGCUCGAGCAGGUGAUGCAGGAACUAUGCGGUGUUGUGUCCGAAGUAGAUGAUAACGGUGCAGACAAGGAAAAGGGAAAAGAAAAGGAACUGGAGCAAAAAGAAAAGGAAGAGAAGAUGGAGGAAUUAUCCAAGAAAUUCAAACAGGAGCUGGACCAAGAGUUGACAAAGAUGGAUCCGAAAGUGAUUAUAGUAAAUCCCAAGGAACUGAAACAGGAAUCGGUUAAAGAAGAUGUCAAGCAGCUGAGCAAAGAACCGAUCAAGGAAAAGGCCAAGGAACUGGACAACAAACCCAAGGAUAUGAAUAAAAAACCAAUAAAAAGAGAAGUCAAGAAGGUGGAGAAGGAACUGAAUAAAGUAAAGCCCAAGGAAUUGAAUAAAGAACCCCUUAACGGAGAUGUUAAGCAGCUUGAUAAGAAACUGAUCAAAAUAGAGGCAAAGGACCCAAAUCAGAAACCGAUGAAUAUGGAGAUCAAAAAUGUGGACAAAAAACUGACUAUAGUUAAGCCUCAGGUGCUGAACAAAGUACCGGUUAAAGACAUCAAGGUGAUAGAGAAGAAACUGAUUAUAGUAAAGCCCAAGGAGCUAAAUAAAGAACCGACAUAUGAAAAAUCUAAAGAGCUAGACAAUAAAUUUAUUAUAGUAAAGCCCAUGGAACCAAAUAAAGAUGGUAUUAUAGAAGUCAAGGAGCCGGGCCAGAAACUGAUUAUAGGAAACCCUACGGAGCUGAGUAACGAAACGAAUAUAGAAGUCAAAGAGGAGAAUGAAGAACCGAUUAACGAAAAGGCCAAGGAGUUGGAGAAUAGAAUGAUUCUUGUUGAGCCCAAGGAACUAAAUAAGGAACUGAUUGAAGAUGUCAAGAAGUUAGAUAAAAAUUUAAUCCAAGAAAAACCAAAGGAGCUGAAAGAAGAACCGAUAACAGAAGAGGUCAAACUGCUGAAUAAGAAUCUGGUCAUAAAAGAGGUAGAAAAGUUGAACAAGGAAUUGAAUAAGGAGGAGUUGCUAGAAAAUUAUCUGAAAAAAGAAGAGUUGAUAAAUAAAAUGAGCAAGGAGCGGGCUAUAGAAGAACUACAGAAUAAAGGAAUGGCGAAAGAAGAAAAAAUGCACAAUAGGAGUAGAGAACAGGCUAGAGAAGAGAUGAACAAGACGACAAAGGUAGAGACUAAAAUAGUGAUCCCGAUGAACAAUGAACAAAUUAAAGAAGGGGUCACAAAGGAUCUGAAGCGAAAGUAUGCAGCAAUGAAACCGACAACAGAAAGAGAAAACGAAAUUGCAACUUCCCCCUUCAGCCAAAGAGGAGAACGUGAAGUCUAAAGUCGAUACCGAUGAGCCGGAUUCCAAGAAAAGUCGCUACGGUCUGCGCAACUCGAAAAUGAGAUAAUAAGCAAGAGCUCAAGGCAAGUCGAACUGCUUACAAAUGAAAGUAAUUAGAAAUAUAUUAAACUUUAUAAAUAUAUAUAGUUUUAAUGCUUAAUUAUUAGUAAAAUAGAUUAUAUUACCAAUUUAAUACAAGAUAUACAUAAUUUUUGUCAGUGUGCCAGAGCACUUUUAUAAACUGAAACUUAAUA